GUUCCUUUUGGACCCCACGAGCAUAUCCUCGUUCUCUCCCUCUCUGCUUCACGUCCUGCCCGCGCCGUCGACUACACGGCUGUGUCCUUUGGCUCGCCUCGCCGCCGACUCCCGCUGUCACGGCCGACCAACAGCUGCCUCUACACGGGGAACCCCUUCGAGUAAAGCACGGCAGGCUCUUCGAGCCAGUAGUCUCCGAUGCCGAAUAAAAAGAGGAAAACUUCACCGGGGCAGCAGCACGAAGCAGCUGCCAAGAGGAAGAGAAUCAAGAGAUCGAAGCUUCAGCUCAUCAGUCUCCCCACGGAUAUACUGUUCUCUGUCUUGUCAAAGUUACCACUGAAAGAAGCCCUAAGGACAAGCGUAUUGUCAACCCAGUGGAAGCAUGUUUGGCGUGGUGGCUGUACCAAGCUGGAUUUUACGCGUAAAACAAUCCUGACAAAGAAUGAAAGAACAACUUUUACCUCUCGUAGCCGUGACGACAACAGAAAGAUGUUUAUCAAGCGUGUCAAUUCAAUCAUUCGGCAACACAGUGGGAUAGGGAUUGAGCAAUUCAGAGUUAUCCAACCUCUACAUAACGAGCAUGCCGAUUAUGUCGAUACAUGGGUAAACUAUGCAAUUGAAUCAAAAGCAAAGGAGCUUGUUCUUGACAUGGAUUGGGAAGCACAUGGGCCUGAAAUAGUGCCAUAUGACUUCUUUUCUCACAGUACCAACACCAACAGCUACAUGCACUUGAAUUCUCUAGAGCUCAACUUUGUUUCUCUGAGGCUGCCUGCUGAUUUCACAGGGUUUCCAAACCUGACUAAACUUAACUUGGAAAGUGUGAAUAUCACCAAUGAAGACACCGAACAUUUACUGUUCAUAUGCACCCUUCUUGUGUCCCUGCGUAUCGCCCAUUGCAAAAUGCUUACUAGUUUAAGGACUCGACAUUUGAACAAACUCAAGCAUUUGGUUGUUCUGACAUGCCCCUUACUGCAGGAGAUAGAGCUCAAUUGUGGUAUCACGCAACUUGACUAUAGAGGCCCAAUAAUACCAUUGGCACUUGCUAGAUCUUUGCGACUAACAAAUAUAUGCAUUAAGUUGUCAACUAAACAUUCUGCUAUUGAUUUCAUCUUCAGUGAAAUCCCCAAUACUCUGCAUGACCUUGAGGUUCUGACUUUAAGAUGCACACACAUUCAGAGAGCUGUUGUACCGACAAGAAUUUUUAAAUUUGAUUCCCUACGCCAUUUGAGAUUGGAGACCAUUAUUUGCCGAAAGAAGCUUGAUGUUCUUGACCUUGCAUGUCUGCUGGAAGCUGCUCCUUUCUUGGAAAAGUUUGAAUUGCACAUGGUUAUGAACCGUGAUCACCGACGAUAUUGUCUCGAGGAUGGCGAACUAAGGAGACUUCCCUCGUACCCACACUGUCAUCUCAAUAUGGUUCAUAUCACAGGAUUUUAUGGUCAGAAAGAUCAACUAGAGUUAGCACUUUAUGUUCUCAACAACGCUACCAUGCUCAAAGAAAUGAAGGUAGAAAUUAGUUCGACAGUGCAUGAACCAGGAAAAUUAUUUUGUGCAUCAUUUCGCAUUUAUUCAGAUGGCUACUCCGUAGCAUCAGAAUUCCUUGGCAGAGAAGACCAUAAUAAUGUUGUGCACAUUUUAGGAAGCAGGUAGCCUUCCCACCUUAGUUUUUUUUUUCCUAUUUUGUUGCUUGAUACCUCAGUGCUCGGUUGACAUAAUGACAUUAAACCAUUAUUAUUAUUAUUUUGGCAGACA